AUGGGCGCGACGUGGGCGUCGACACCGUCCGGAUCGACAUUAUCCGUCGCCUCGAACGCGAAUUUGCUCGCGAUGGGCAUCAAGGUAGGGUGCGCGGAGAACCUCGGGGGGAAGAUCGCCGUCGUCACCGGUUCGAACACCGGGAUCGGGCUCGAGACGGCGCGGAUGUUGGCGGAUUCGGGCGCCAAGGUAAUCAUGGCGUGCAGAUCGGUCGAGCGCGCGAGAGAGGCGGCGAAGCGGGCGUCGAGGGAUGGGAAGAACGACGUCGAGGUGAUGGCGUUGGAUUUGUCCGACGCCGAGAGCGUGCGGGCGUUCGCAGAGGCGUAUAAAUACGAAAAGUUGGACAUUUUGGUGAACAACGCCGGGCUGAACGCGUCGAGCGGAUACCGAGGGCCGAAGACGACGAAACAGGGGUACGACAUAUGCAUGGGCGUGAAUUAUCUCGGACACUUCAUGCUCACGGCGCUGUUGAUGCCGAAAUUGAUGAAGAGCGACGACGCGCGCGUCGUGGCGCUGAGCUCGGUGACGACGUGGUUCGGAUCGAACAAGUAUCACUACUACUACAAGGGCGCGAGCAAGACCAAGGGAAACUACGGCUCGAGUAAACUCGCGUGUCUGGCGAUGACGGUAGAGAUGCAGCGACGGAUCGACGCGGCGUAUCCGAACAACAACGUGUCGUGCGUCGCCGCCGAUCCCGGUUUUGUCGCGAGCGACAUUUGGAGAGACUUCAACCCGGUUGUCCGAAAGAUCAUGGGCGUCUUGGCGCUCUCGCCCGCUCAAGGAGCGAUGACGAGCGUGAACGCGGCAUCGCUAAAGUCGAUCAAAAAGGCGACGCUUUACAUGCCAUUCUCGAUCAGGAUGUCCAAGCUGUUCAAAUUGAACAGAGGCGCUGCGUACACCUUUGGCAUGCCGCUCCUGUCCAAGAUUUUCGCUGGUUUCGGCGCCGACGCUAUGGCGCCACGCGCCAAGAAUGCCGAAACCAACGCCGCGCUAUGGGAUCUCAGCGUACAGUUCUGCAAAGAUAAUGGCCUCGACGCGAAGAAGUGCGAGGCACUCAAGUUGUAA